AUGCGUUUGUGUCAUAAAAACGAAGAGAAAACAACCAGUCGGAAACUAGUUGUUUGUGGUGACGGCGCAACAGGAAAAACCAGUUUAUUAAGUGUGUUUACCCGAGACUACUUUCCAAACGUCUAUGAACCUACUGUAUUUGAAAAUUAUGUACAAGAAAUUACAGUACAAGAUCAAACAGUAGAGCUAUCUUUAUGGGAUACAGCUGGGCAAGAAGAAUUUGAUCGUAUUCGAUUAUUAUCCUAUGAAAAUACACACGUUUACAUGUUGUGUUUCUCGGUAGAGAAUCAUGAUUCGUUUCAAAACAUACCUGAUAAAUGGUUAGAAGAAGUGACAGAGCAUGGAUCACAGGCAAAAGUUGUAUUGGUCGCUUUGAAAUGUGACCUGAGAAGUGAGAAUCAUUUAAACACGAUUUCUUAUGAAGAGGGUCUAGACAUGGCUAAAAGCAUCAAUGCUGUUCGAUACUUGGAGUGCUCAGCUAAACUUAAUCGUGGUGUAAAAGAAUGUUUUCAAGAAACUGCUAAAGUAGCUCUUUCAGUGAGAUCAAAGUCUUCGAAUGAUCAUAAAUCAAAAUGUAUUAUACUUUAA